UCUCUGUCAGAAUUUGAGUUAUCAGUUCCAUUUGAAAAAGCUAUAAUCGAAGGUACAAUAAUAUUAGAUAAUAAAUAUUGAGAUUACUGGUCAUAGUUUACAUAAUUGUUGUUGAUGUUUAAUCUCUCUGAAAGAAAAUUUUAACUGAUGUUUAUUGAAAACGUUGUGGUAAAGGUAUUCAGGAUCCCACCACCAUUAAAUCUAGGUUUAGCCUUCUCUCUCUCCACCUGUCUCCCAUCAUUAUAUGUUCGUGAGCUCUCUUCCCUCUCCUAUUAUCAGCUGCGGGACUCCCCCUUUCACUUCCUCCCCUCCCCCGACCUGCUCGAAGUAAAACGACCGUCUCUAGUGCUCCAACUUUCUUUGCCUCGGCAUCUCCUAAAGUCAUAGGAUGGCAGCAUUUCUGAAAUCCCUUCGGAAUCUGAAGAAUGAGAUUGUUCUAUUCUCUACCCCGUUACUUCUUCUCCCGCUGCCUUUAGUCAUUGGAACAAAGGAGGCAGCAUGUGCCUAUGUGAUCAUCCUGAUGGCAGUGUACUGGUGUACAGAGGCCUUACCGCUGGCUGUCACUGCCCUGCUCCCUGCUGUCCUCUUCCCCAUGUUUGGCAUCAUGCAGUCCAAAGAUGUGUGUAUGCAGUACCUGAAGGACACCAACAUGUUGUUUGUGGGAGGACUGAUGGUGGCGGUGGCAGUGGAGCACUGGAACCUGCACAAACGCAUUGCCCUCCGAGUGCUGCUCUUUGUUGGGGUGCGCCCCGCUCUUCUGAUGCUGGGCUUCAUGGGGGUGACAGCCUUCCUGUCCAUGUGGAUCAGUAACACAGCCACCACAGCCAUGAUGGUGCCCAUCGUCCAGGCUGUUCUGGAGCAGCUCAACAACUACACAGAGACUGAGAUGCCUGUGAUCCUCAGCGCUGAGGAGAACCCCCAACCUCAGGACCCCACUGACAGCAAACAGACGGAGAAACAGGCAGAGGGACAUGUUGUGGUGACCUGUUUAGACCCGUUUGUGGAGGCUAUCCGGCGUAAGGAGGCUGCAGACCAGAAGAAGAUGUGUAAGGGCAUGACGCUGUGUGUGUGCUACGCUGCCAGCAUCGGGGGCACUGCCACCCUCACAGGGACUGGCCCCAACCUGGUGCUCAAGGGACAGAUGAACCAGCUGUUUCCUAACAAUGGCGAUGUCAUCAAUUUUGCGUCCUGGUUCGGCUUUGCUUUCCCCAACAUGAUUCUGAUGCUGACCCUGGCUUGGCUCUGGCUGCAGUUUGUCUUUAUGGGAUUCAAUUUUAAGAAGACGUGGGGCUGUGGGGCAGUGAAGACAGAGAAAGAGAUAGCUGUGUACAAUGUGAUCAAGGAGCAGCAUCGUCAGCUGGGCUCCAUGUCUUUUGGAGAGCUGAGUGUGCUGGGUCUGUUCAGUUGUCUGGUGGUUCUGUGGUUCACCAGAGAUCCUGGCUUCGUGGCAGGCUGGGCCACAUACGUCUUCAAUGCUGACGCAGAAUAUGUAACUGAUGCCACAGUGGCAGUGUUCAUCGCUGUCCUUCUCUUCGUCCUGCCUUCCAAGCCCCCACGCUUCUGUUGCAGGAGGUCCCAAAGCUUUGACACUGAGCACCAACACCCAGCUGACCCCACACCAGCUCUGCUGACCUGGAAGGUGGCCCAGAAGAAGUUACCCUGGAGCAUUGUUCUCCUCUUGGGGGGAGGGUUCGCCCUGGCCAAGGGCAGCGAGGAGUCAGGUCUGUCUAUGUGGAUGGGGGACCAGAUGACUCCCCUCCACACCAUCCCACCCUGGGCCAUCGCUAUCAUCCUGUGUCUGCUGAUCGCCAUCUUCACAGAGUGCACCAGUAAUGUGGCCACUGCCACUCUCUUCCUACCUGUCCUCGCCUCAAUGUCCCAGUCCAUUGGAAUGAAUCCUCUGUACGUCAUGGUGCCUUGUACUCUCAGUGCUUCCUUUGCCUUCAUGCUACCUGUGGCCACACCACCCAAUGCUAUCGUCUUCUCAUACGGCUACCUCAAGGUUUCUGACAUGGCUAGGACAGGUAUAGUGAUGAACAUCAUCGGCAUCCUGUGCAUCACUCUGGCCAUCAACAGCUGGGGCAGGGCCAUGUUCCACCUAGACACCUUCCCUACUUGGGCCAACACUACUGGUGUUUGAGGGCAACAAGGGGCCCCGGUCCACACCAUGAGGAAUGCACAUAGAGGGCCCCUAAUGUGCCAUGGACCUCUGGCGAGAAAGGCACCAACGUGACUGGUCGUGUUAGGUUGUUGGGAGAAAAUCCACAUAGCUUCCAUUACAAAGGACACUUGAAUCACCCUGUGGAAAGAGAGGAUGGAUGGAUGGAUGGAUGAGUGGGUGGGUGGGUGGAUUGGAGGAUGAGUUUAACUGGAGAGAAGAAUGAGGUUAAAAGUAGCACUACUGUACCUUUAAUGCUGUAAUGUGUUAUACAGAGUAUGUCCAGUUCCAUUUAAAAUGCCCAAGUAUUAUCUCCAUCGCAUUAUCAUGUUCUCAACUUCUCACUCUCAGAAGAAGGUUCUGUCUCAUAUUUGUUGGUGUGUUUAUAUCUCAAGACCCAUAGUUGAAAUCCAUUUGGGGUUUAAGAUUUUUGAUAAACUGUUAAUUUGCACAAAACAGCUUCUGAACUAUGUUUCCAUGACCAAAUAAUGUCAUCUUCUCUGCUCUCUGCUCAUCUAUAGUCUUAUAUUAACUUGUUUUACUUUUGCUCGUAGUCAAUGGUGAAACAUGGUGCAUUGUACUUCCGACCCCAUUUGAACUUUGAAUACUGUAUGACUGUAUAACUUGAGAUCCCUCUGUACACACUUUUCUAAACUUGAAAUCAUUGGGGCUGGAAAAUGCAAAACAUAUUGAAAACUCCGAUAUGUGAAUAUACUGUACGAUGGUUACUGUGUGCUGACACUUUGAUGUUUCUCCUUUGCUUUAACAGUACUAUAAUAUGUAAUUCAAUACUUUUUAUUGAAUUAUUGGUAUAUUAUCUUGAUCAAAAGUUGUAUAUUUAUGAGAUGUAAUAUAGUUUAUAGUGUAUUGUAUAUGGUGCUUGCUAUUGCACCCUCUGAAAUUGACAAAAUGUCAAAGGUAAUGUCUGGGCUGCUUGCAUGUACAGUCAGAGAUGGGCAAAAAUGACAAGAUACAAUUACAAAAUACAAUUACAGAAUACAAUUACAGAAUACAAUUACAAAAUACCAUAAAGA